GGGGCUCGGCGAGACGUAGGAGGAUUGCCAGUUGCGGUCAUACGAUCUGUCAUCAUCGCUUGUUCAAAGCCAACAGGGAAGUUGAGACAAGUGGCGGAGCCUACUGGAAGAAAGAAAUAAUCGAAUGUUUCACUAAACCGACCGGACUUUAAAGUGCCUACUUUUGUUUUUGGGGGGGACUCAGUAAGCAGCAUACGGCAGCGUCGUCGUCUCUUGGCUGGCAUCCACAACAGGAAGCGUCCGGAGAAAGCGACAUGGCAAGUAGAGGCGGAGCUACCCGACCCAAUGGGCCCAACGCCGGCAACAAGAUCUGCCAAUUCAAGCUCGUGCUCCUGGGGGAGUCGGCGGUGGGGAAGUCAAGUCUGGUGCUCCGCUUCGUCAAGGGACAGUUCCACGAAUUCCAGGAAAGCACCAUCGGAGCCGCCUUCCUGACUCAGACGGUAUGCUUGGACGACACGACAGUCAAGUUUGAAAUCUGGGACACAGCCGGUCAGGAACGCUACCACAGUCUGGCGCCCAUGUACUACAGAGGCGCCCAGGCCGCCAUUGUGGUUUAUGAUAUCACCAACGAGGAGUCGUUUGUGCGGGCAAAGAACUGGGUAAAAGAGCUCCAGAGACAAGCCAGUCCCAACAUUGUCAUAGCGCUGGCAGGCAACAAAGCAGACCUGGCUAGCAAGCGAGCGCUCGACUUCCAGGACGCACAAUCAUACGCCGACGACAACAGCCUGCUCUUCAUGGAGACAUCGGCCAAGACGUCCAUGAACGUCAAUGAAAUUUUCAUGGCCAUCGCUAAGAAACUCCCCAAGAACGAGCCCCAAGCAGCCGGCGCCGGCAGCGGGCGGAACCGGGGUGUUGACCUGACCGAGACGGCCCAGCCCAGUAGCCGCAGCUGCUGCAGUACCUAAAGAGCUCCGCCGCGGUCCAGGUUAGCUCAUUAGCUGCCACUGACGGCGAUGGAGGUCCAAUCUCUUUGAACUCUGUUCUAAUGGAUUGGACGCUCAUCGGCGUCAAUGGCAGCGAGUGUGUUAACAACAGCACCCCCAACCACCACAAACACACACACAAACACACAUGUCAGCUUCCUUACUUGCUCCUCACACCCCUUCUCGGUCCGGAAUAGCGAAAGACUUUGUAUAGCUGAAUUUCUAAAAAGAAAAAAUUUUGUUGAUGUUCCUCCCUCUUUUUAAUUUUUAUUUUUAAAAAGUGCACAUCGGUAUGCAUGUUAUCACUACAACGCCUGACGCCACCUUUUCACCCUCUUCACCUAAACUAACCCUCCAACACCGUCCCCCACAAAUAGAUCCUGUCCUGACUCCACCCGGCGACAAGAUUUUUUUUUUUUUUUCAAUUUUUGUUCUUUUGCUUCCUGGAGGAAAAAAAACGACCACAUAACAAACAAGAGAUUCCGAACAAUUGUACAGUUGGUUCUGCUUUUUUUUUUGUAUUCAUUCUCUUCUCGUCUCCAACUGGUAAAGCUGUGGUGUUUCUUUUUUUUAAUGAUUAUUCUAAUUAGCUCUGUGUAGUGUUAUUAACAAAACAAAACCAAGAAAAAAAAAGAAGUAAUCAAUUCUCUGGUGUCACGUUGCAAAGGAACUUUUAACCGCAUUGCACACAGUGUUGAUCAUCAUGUCUUCAUUUUAUACGAGCGAGUGCUUGUGACCCGCCAGCGGCUCGACGGGUUUUAACCACGCAUCGGGCCCGGACGGUUUUUCAGUGUCUGAAUACGACUUAAUAAAUUCAAUAAAGAUUGACUCUCUUGUACACCUUGA